AUGGAUCGCCAGCAGCUAUACCACAUUUCACCAUUCAUCAGUCAUGCAAUCAACUUUGGCGUAAAGAGCAUGGAAAGAUCCAUCAUGGAGGAGGACGAACCCAUGGAUGUGGAGCAUCAUAUAGAACCCACCCCUCGCUCACUAGGAGACUCGGAUAUCGCGGCUAUCAUAGCCGCGAUCAAAAGCGAUCAGCCAUCGACAUCAACUCCGACGACAGCUUCGACCCCUUCCUUUGUACGUAGAGGCUAUGCAUCGCAAUAUGACUUCAAUAUCACAGGAUGGAAUGAAGAAGGAAGAGGAGGAGCAUUCCAAGCGAUCUUGAAUUCGAUAAAAGUGAGGAAUGAAACGUUAAAAAUCGCGGACAAGCACCCUGGGGUAUUUUCUUUUAUCGACAGCAAGAAACAGGCAGAGGCGAUGAAGCCAACUGAUAAAUUCCUCUCGGAAUUCCUAGAGAAAAUGCAAAAGGAAGAGGAAAUUAUCAAAAAGAAGAGAUCACCUUCUCCGAUGGCUGGAAGCCGGCCCUUUCGAGGGAGGGAUUCGGCCUGGCGACCCGAUUCCCGCACGUCCAGCUAUGCGCCAAGAUUCAAGCAGUACCAGCUCAUGGAACGGAUGGAAAGGAACGGAUAUAGACGUAAUUUCGCGCCUUACUCGCCUUACCAAAAGUUCUACCAAUCGAAUGCGAGAGAGUAUCAAGUGGCAUUCGAGAUGAUCUCAAAAUGUUCGGAUGGUUUGAGGCAACAGAAAAAUGCAAGACCAUUGUGGAAGGAAGCAGAUGAUUUAUGCGAGACUGCGGUGCAAUGUAACCUGCCGCGAGUGGCACAUGUCAUAAGACACUUUCUCAACAGCCACCGCUCCAACGCCACCUUCAAAGCAUAUACACUCCAAUGUAAGAAAUUUGUCGAGUGGUGGGGAUCGGAGAGAGUCAAGGAAGUACCGAUCCCGAAAGCUAGAAACCUUUUCUAG